AACACAAACAUUACACACACAAUUCGUGCGUUCAAGGUGAAAAAGAAUGGAAUAUAAUUUGUCGACAACUUGUGAAUUUCAAUACGGUUCUACACAUUAUAUGAUUUACCAAAUCGCGUGCGUAAUUCUGAACAGCAACAUUACCAAUUGUGAACAAGAAACAAACAAUUUUCAGGAUUGGAUAACUGAAUCAAGUAUUCUUAAUAGUGACAUUUCGCAACAGGGCUCCCUUGUUUCAUGCCCACUUCACCCAUACAACUAAAUAUACGUAUGCAUGUGUGAAUAGCUCGAGCAUUAUUAAAAGCACAUAAUACAAAGUAUUUCUUGUUAGAAUAUAGUUAAAAAUGUACAAGUCAACUGUGCUUUAAAUGUGUGGCUGUGGAAAAUGCCUGCAGCGACGACAAAACGAAAAAAAAUGGAUUUUCAGAGAAAACUGCGCGUUCAAAAUUGUGAUUUAAAUGGAACUACAAAAUAUUCACAUGUCAAUAUUUUAUAUACUGCUGCCUGAUUAUUUGCUGCAUUUGCUAAGCAUGAUCGGAAACAUGAGCUCCCCUAUCCACGACCAAAUUAGAUGCUCGCCAUCACGGUGUUGUCAACCUGAGACACCCGCCAAGGCAUCCGAACAUCCUGUAGACAAAGAGGGUCCUGGAAUUUUACUACAGCUAAUGGCUGUCCUUCAAAAGCCACCAAGCGCUAAAAUGACAAGCAUUCAGUUUAAAACUAGUAGCGAACCUACCUUUUGUUACUUUUUCAUCGACCUGCAUCCCCAAUCAUUUACACAGUAUGACUCUAUAAAUUCUGGUCUCAACAAAUCGACCUUUAAUAUAGGUCAAGAGAAUUCUCACAAUAAUCGUAGUCACAGUGCUGACACAACGUUCAUGGGGCUGGAGCGUCAAAGAAGUAUUUCAGAGUGUAGCGACGAUAGUUUUAUAUGCUUCGAAGAAGAGGAUCUGGAUGGCAACAGAGGUGAUGAAGACUCUGAUGCUUCUAAUGAUAGUACGGAUGAUAAGAAAGCGACGUUCAACCCGGCUGACGUUUGCCUGCCUCUCCAAAAAAAGGUACGCUUCAACCUCAAACCAGAAGUUCAUAAAAUGCACACUUGGGACUUUGCCUAUAGAGCAGCACGGAAGGGUAUGUGGCAGGAAGUUGCACGGGAUCGAGAAAGAUUUAAACAGAGGAUAAAUCGGUUGGAACCGAUUUUGAAUAUUAUAUGUAGUGCUAAUCAUCGAGAAAAAGUCUAUAAAGAACGCUUUUUGCUUGUAAAGUAGUCGUUUUUUAAAUAUUAAUAAA